AUGACUAUCACUCGCCGUCCUUUGCAAACCCCUGGCACCCUCCCGCCCAUUAAAGUUCAACCUAGUCGAUCGCCCUCCCUCCGAAGUCGAAAGAGUCCUAUAGUCGGACCUUCUCCGCUAAGGAUCGUCACUCUCCCCGAAGGUUCACUAGCGAAUCUCAACAAAGAAAUAGACAAAGAUCUUCUACCUUCUAUCCCUAGCCUUUCGUCAAGCACUGGUUCCGUCACCGCACCUACAUCUCACGCUGGAGAAUGGUCGAAACAUCAAAAUUACAGCGCGAUCUUCAAUGGUUUGCUAGCUAUUCGAAACAAUAUUCAGGAAAACCACAAUGGUUUCCUCAAAGGUCCUUGGAACCUUGCUGUCAAGUCCUUCCGCUCCACGUUAAGUCAAACGCCCGGAAUCCAUCUGCCAUUGGAACCUCCCACUCGUGCCGAUGUCGUGCAAGCGAUUGCUGACAAGACUACCCCGCCAAACUUCCAUCCCACUCAUUAUCGGACCACAUUUUUGACUCUAAAUCCUCCCGGUGCACUUGAACAACUUCUAGCCCAGUUGAAAGCCCGCUGGGUCCCUGUUCGUCAGACAUCUACCAACAACGCACAACGAGGUCAGGCCUCUCCUAUCAAACGCAGAGGAGACUGGACUGGUGUAGACAGAGAUCGACGUUCUGCCUUCUUAGCUAUUGGAGAUCUGAAAUCAGAAGGAAUUCUUUAA